AUGCCCCGCGAGGGUCAACUAGAUCGCCUCAAGAGGACUCGAGCUGGGAUCCGUGGGAUGGUCACCCGCACCAUCGCGCAUCUAGAAGAAUGCCUCGCGCGCCCCGAUAUUCCAAAGGCCAGCGUUGAGGUAGACAUGGACUACCUGGUUGCACGGAAGGCCGCGUUGUGCAACCUCGAUCAGCAGAUUCUCGAACUCAUCGACGACGAUGCUGGGUUCGAUGAGGAGAACAACGCUGUGUUGGAGCAGGAAAAGCGGAUCGAAGCAGCCAUCAGUCAAGCGAAGCGGGCCCUCCGCGAACAGUUGCACACGACUGGGGAUCCGCCGUCUCAACCAAGUCGCACCGCAUCGCUGCCGAAGCUGCAGAUCCCGAAAUUCGGAGGAAAACUGCAAGAUUGGCAAAGAUUUUGGGAACACUACGACGCUACGAUUCACGGAAAUGCUUCCCUAGCCCCAGUAGAGAAGUUUAAAUAUCUACUAUCUUUUCUUACGGACGACGCCAAACGAGCAAUUGACGGCAUCGGUCUCAGCGGGGACAAUUACGCUACCGCAAUACUGACUCUCAAACAACGAUUCGGGUGCACAGAUCUACUCUCAGCAGAACAUCUAGACAAGCUACUGGCCCUCCAUUCGGUGAACAGCUGUAGUGACGUAGCCCAGCUGCGUCAUCUGUACGACGAGGCGUCACGGCAUACAAAGGCUUUGGAAUCGCUUGGCAUACCCCGAUCGAGUUACGAUGUCGUUCUAUACAGGGUGCUUACGCGCUGCAUUCCUAUCGACCUCUUCGUCCAGUUUCAGCACAGCAGGAAAGCGGACGCUGCAUCUGGCGGGAACAGUGGCGGCGGGGCUCCCUCCGCUGACGGCCCAAGGACUUUCUCGAAAGCGGAACAGGUGACCGCUCUUCUUACCUUUCUGCGGGUGCAAGUCGAAAGUAGGGAAGAAGCGGCCUUUCACCGUCCCCGGCACGUUCAGAAGGACAAUACGGAAGGCACCCUGCAACCCGUGGCAGCGUCUCUAGCCGCUGAACCCCAUCCGGCAACGGCCGCAGCGCCGUCUCCAGUGCAAGCAACACCAGCUUCUAUGGACAGUACCGUCAUACUGCUUCAAAGUGCUGCGGUGGAUGCCUCUGGCCCCGGAGGCAAGGCAAGAGUCCAGAUCCUGCUUGAUAACGGAAGCCAACGGACCUUUAUCAGAGAGGACCUCGCUAUGAGCCUACAAUGUGCGACAAUCGACGUUGAGGACUUGGCCAUCUACGCGUUUGGAUCAACGCAAUCUGCCCGCCACAGAUGCAGUAAGGUCACUGUAAACAUUACAGGCCGUGACGCCACCUUCGAGUUAGCUCUAACGAUUCCCGAGAUAUGCAAGUCCCUGAGCCCUUCGCUGGAUCCGCAUUUAACACGCAUGCUACUUGAGCUUGACUUGCAACCUGCGUCAACAUCAGGCGUUUCCCGAAGUGUUGACAUCCUGGUCGGAGCAGACAACUACUGGCGUCUUGUAACGGGACGAAUUCUGAGGAUGACGGAGGAUCUCACUGCCGUUGAAACGGUGUUUGGUUGGGUUAUACAGGGCUCAACGGCCGUGCAUACCCGGCUCCACCAAUCGACAUGUGCCCUACUUCUCACUUGCGGAGACCCAGAAUCUGAGUGUAAUGCCGAAGACUUGUGGAAACUUGACACGCUCGGAAUCACAAGUCCCGAACCCACAGCCAGCCACGUGUGCAGCACGGACUUCCAGGUCUUCGAGGCUGGCAUAGCAAAGUCGAAAGAGCGGUAUGAGAUUCCCUUGAUGACUAAGAAGCCUGGGCUUCUUGCCUGCUUCUGGGUCUAUCUUGCCUCACAGCUUCCACCGGGUGCCAACAACAAAGCCACGGCAGUGCAUAGGCUCGGAGCCCAGCUCUGA